GGGGGUGGAAAAGUGUAUGUAGGUAUUUAGGUUAUGUUGAUAAUCAUAUAUGUACCCAAGCAUACAAGAUCUCUUCAGGAAGCUUUGUGUUAUGACUAUGAACAUGAGUUCAGUUAUAAUGUAUUUAGAGAAGUGAUAGUGUUAGAAAUGAUUGAUGGUGGUGAUUGAAGGAUUGUUUGUGAUGCUGCUUUUCUUUUUUAUACAAAUAUAUAAUAGUUUUAUGUAUUGCUAAAAUGAGAAGGCAUCAGAGAUUUAAGAAGGGCUUUUAGGAUAACUAAUGAACAGCGUUUAUAAUUCCCUGAAAGUGCUCGGGAAACUAGAAUAAAGUUAUUCAGUUUCUCACAUUAAAUGUAAUGGUUGCAGACACUGUUCUCAUGAGGAGUUAAGUAUAUGGUAAUUGAAUAUAGAAAAGUUCUAUAUGAUAUCCAUUGAAAUGUUUAUUUGUUGAAUAUUUGAGUGACAUGGGAUGAAAGGAAGAAAACGCAAGAACAUCUGGCACUGGUGAAGAUCUUAGAAAGAUGUGGUGGCACGAUGGGAGCGGUGGCCACAUGCCCGCUGGAGGUGGUCAAAACAAGGCUCCAGUCCUCUUCCUUCACCUACAUGAGUGGUUCACUGCCUCCACCUGCAGCCCAACAGCGGGGCUCCACCACAUGUCCCACUGUGCCCCAGCAUCAUCACCACCGAGGGGGAGGCGGUCUCCGCAGGUUGCACACCACCACUGCCUUCACCUCGGGCACACAGAUCGUGCAGUUAUCACAACAGCUUCCAAACCCCCCUGGACGAAGACAGAGUCUAUCCAUCCUCCAUUGCCUCAAGUAUAUCGUGGAGGUAGAGGGUCCCCGAGCGUUAUUCCGGGGCCUGGGUCCUAACCUGGUUGGUGUGGCACCCUCCAGAGCCAUCUACUUCUGCUCCUACUCUCAGAUGAAGAAAUUCCUCAAUGGGAAGUUGAAACCAGACACACCAGUUGUCCACGUCCUCUCUGCUUCCUGGGCUGGUUUUACUGCCUGCACUGCAACCAAUCCUAUCUGGUUCAUCAAGACACGGCUUCAGCUCGACCAUAGUUUAUAUGGCCGUGGCACCUCGGCUCUGGAGUGCAUACAGAAGACCUACCGUCAACAGGGUAUUGGUGGGUUUUACCGAGGAAUUACGGCCUCCUACUAUGGCAUCUCGGAAACGGUGAUCCACUUUGUUGUGUAUGAAUCCAUUAAGGCCAAGCUGAUGGCAUACAGGCAAGGCAACCCCAAUGAUCGAUCUGCACGAGACUUCCUGGAAUUCAUGCUUGCUGGUGCAACAUCGAAGACCUUUGCAUCCUCUCUCUGCUAUCCUCAUGAGGUCGCAAGAACAAGGAUGAGGGAAGAAGGCAGCAGAUAUCGUGGAUUCUGGCAGACGCUGGGAUUAGUUUUGCGUGAAGAAGGCUGGCAUGGCCUCUAUAGAGGUCUUGCAACACAGCUGGUGCGACAGAUUCCGAACACUGCCAUCAUGAUGGCGACCUAUGAGGGCGUCGUCUACAUUCUUACCAGGCAUUUUGGUGAGACUGCAAAUGAAUUCUACGAUGAUGACUUUGAUGAGGAUGAUGACGGGUCUUCACUGUAGGUCCUUUUACAUUGGUGCUAGGGAAGUCCCAAAUUCAGGGUUCCUAGAUGCAUAGUGUAGGUGAGUGUUGCUCAACACAUCUCCCAAGGUUGUAGCAAGCCAUUUACCAAAGUGGACAUCAAACUGAUGUUCAUGCUAUUCAAACUGAUUACUUUGUGUAAUGCAAGAUAUUGCAUAGAUAUUUCAUGUAUGUAUCAAUUAGCAGGAACAUUGCAUUAUUUUUUAUUUUUUAUUUUUAUUUAUUUUUUUUUCUUACUAUAUAUCACCACUCAUUAUAAAUUCUUACUCCAGUAGAAGUCCUAUUUAAGAUAAAGAGAAGAGUUGUAAGGCUUUGUCUUCCAUUGCUCUCUUGGCUUUGUGUAGAAGUGGUGAUGGUGCUAGUGGUGGUAGGACCCAUCACUGUCCUUUCUCAUCAAACAUUUGGCUUGAUGUUUAUUGACUUGAACUGUCUCACCACUAAGUGAUAUAUAUAUAUAUAUAUAUAUAUA